AUGCCACUGGAUCCACGGUGGCGUUGGCCUCCCUCCCCUGGGUCCACGGUGGCUGCGGCCUCCCACCCCUGGAUCCAUGCUGGAGGCGGCCUCCUCCGCUUCCGAUGCGGCCAUUCUACUAAGGAAGAGAAAGCAGAAAGUUCAGAAGUUCCACCAUUGAAAGUUCAGAGAAAAGGAAGGAAAAUCACUUCUCCAGAGGAUGUAGUCCGGGCCUCCCCACGACUCCGUCGGCAGACGUCUCCCAUGCUCCUUCGUCCUCUGCUGGAGGACAUCUCUUGCUGGGUGCCAAGCUCGUGCACGGUGGAGCUUUUCCCAUCGCUGCUACAUCACAUGGAAGCUAUGAAGAAAAAAUGGAUAAAAGAGAGGUGA